AUGAAUCCUUCUAAUCAACUAUUGAGAGUUCACACGUCUACAAGAAGGCUGUCUCAAUCGGAAGGGAUGGGAAACAAAGUCACCGUCUCGUUGGGUUCAGCUAUUGAAGACAUCCAUGAAGAUCCGGUCACCGGAAUCAGAACAUUGGUCCAAACCAGUAACCAACAACUCGACUCAUCUUCCUUAGUCAAGUUCAGUAUCCAUAGUACCUGUCACAGUCACAUCGCUUAUCUCCUCUUCAGUCGCUUCAUACACAUUCUUUCUUCAGGCGGCCAAGUCUCAGCCACGCGCGUCAGUACGGUUACUUCGCUAUGUGAUGACUUAGCCUCCCGCAUCGCUUCGGCUGCAAGUAACUUAGGUUUUGGCACUAACGGUUUCGAAAUAAACCUCUUCUUGAUUUUUGCAACAGAAAGAGUCUCGGUUGGUUUGUCUCCUUUUCGUCAGAAGUUUUCUUCCUUGCAAUUAUGA